UAAAAAAAGGGAGAAAUGGAGAAAAAGAGCAUUGUAUUGCAAGCUCUUCUUAUAGCCAACAUGUUAAUGGCGUUCCGAAUCACACUCACCGCCUCCAUCCAUCCACUUGUUAGAAGAACACACUCGCUCUCUAUCUCCUCUCCUGGUCAUUUACCAAAAUCACUUCCUUGUCCCCUCUGGUCAUCUUCCUUCUCCUUCUGCCUUCACAACCGUCGCAAUUCUGUUACCUCUUCCUCCAUCCACUAUUCUUCUUCCUGUUCUUCGCGUUUUGCUCCGUCGAUGACUGCUUCUGGCAGCAUGGAUGAAAUUCCCCAAUCGAAUCCUCUUCUCCAAGACUUUUAUUUUCCGCCUUUCGACGCUGUUGAAGCCAAGCACGUUCGCUCGGGCAUUCUUACGCUUUUGAAGAAGCUCGAGAGUGAUUUGGAGGAAUUGGAGCGAACAGUGGAGCCAUCUUGGUCAAAAUUGGUUGAGCCAUUAGAGAAGAUCGUAGACCGUUUGAAUGUGGUUUGGGGUAUCGUCAACCAUCUCAAAUCUGUUAAGGAUACUGCUGAUCUUCGGAUCGCCAUUGAAGAAGUUCAGCCGGAGAAAGUAAAAUUUCAGCUUAGGUUGGGGCAAAGCAAACCUAUUUACAAUGCUUUCAAAGCUAUUCGUGAAUCUCCCGAGUGGAACACACUCAAUGAUGCUCGAAAACGCAUAGUGGAAUCUCAAAUAAAAGAGGCUCUUCUUCAUGGUGUUACUCUUGAAGGUGAUAAAAGGGAUGAUUUCAACAAAAUUCAGCAGGAGCUGGAAAGGUUAUCUCAUAAAUUUGAUGAAAAUGUUUUGGAUGCAACAAAGAAGUUUGAGAAGUUGAUUGUUGAUAAGCAUGAAGUUGAUGGACUGCCUUCUACUGCUCUGGGAAUGGCAGCUCAAACAGCAGUUUCCAAGGGUCACGAAAAUGCUACUGCAGAACAUGGUCCAUGGAUAAUUACUUUAGAUGCUCCAUGUUAUCUUUCUGUCAUGCAACAUGCUAAAAAUCGAUCCUUGCGGAAGGAAGUUUACUAUGCUUAUAUAACUCGAGCCUCUAGUGGAGAAAUGGACAAUACAUCAAUAAUUGACCAAAUUUUGAAGCUUAGGCUGGAGAAGGCUAAGAUUCUCAAUUUCAAUAACUAUGCCGAGGUUAGCAUGGAGACCAAAAUGGCUACUGUCGAGAAAGCGGAAGAGCUUCUAGAAAAGCUUCGUAGUGCUUCCUGGAAUCCUGCAGUUCAAGAUGUGGAAGAUCUUCAGGAUUUUGCCAAAAAACAAGGUGCGCCAGAAGCUAAUGAUUUGAACCAUUGGGACAUCACCUUUUGGAGUGAGAGGCUUCGGGAGUCAAAAUUUGAUAUCAAUGAGGAAGAACUGCGACCAUUUUUCUCCUUGCCAAAGGUUAUGGAUGGCCUUUUUAGUCUUGCAAAGACGCUUUUUGAUAUUGAUAUUCAGCCAGCUGAUGGUCUUGCUCCGGUUUGGGAUAAAGAUGUCAAAUUUUACCGUGUGAACAAUUCUUCUGGAAGUCCCAUUGCUUACUUCUAUUUUGAUCCAUAUACACGUCCAUCGGAGAAAAGGGGAGGUGCAUGGAUGGAUGAGGUUGUUUCACGAAGCUGUGUGUUAGCUCAAGAUGGUGCCCCAACAAGGUUGCCUGUUGCUCAUAUGGUGUGUAAUCAAACUCCGCCAGUUGGAGAAAAACCUAGUUUAAUGACAUUUCGUGAGGUAGAGACAGUAUUCCAUGAAUUUGGUCAUGCACUCCAGCAUAUGUUGACAAAACAAGAUGAAGGUUUAGUUGCUGGUAUUCGUGGGAUAGAAUGGGAUGCUGUUGAAUUGCCAUCUCAGUUCAUGGAAAACUGGUGUUAUCAUAGAGAUACUUUGAUGGGCAUUGCGAAGCAUUAUGAAACAGGGGAAAGUCUCCCUGAAGAAGUGUACUUGAAACUUCUUGCAGCAAGGACAUUCCGUGCGGGUUCCCUGAGUCUUCGUCAGCUUAGGUUCGCAAGUGUUGAUUUGGAGCUUCACACUAAAUAUGUUCCUGGCGAGCCAGAGUUAAUCUAUGCGGUUGACCAAAGAGUGUGCAAACAAACACAAGUGAUACCUCCUUUAGCAGAUGAUAAAUUCCUAUGUAGUUUCAGCCAUAUUUUUGCAGGUGGAUAUGCUGCAGGAUACUACAGUUACAAGUGGGCGGAGGUUUUAUCUGCUGAUGCCUUUUCUGCGUUUGAGGAUGCUGGGUUGAAUGAUAUCAAGGCUGUAAAGGAAACUGGGCAUAGAUUCCGAGAAACCAUUCUUGCUCUUGGAGGUGGAAAAGCUCCAUUAGAGGUUUUUGUUGAAUUUCGAGGGCGGGAACCUUCUCCAGAACCACUGCUCCGGCACAGCGGCCUUUUGUCUGGCGUAGGGACUGCAUGAUUUUCACUUCAUUCCAUGUUUGAUGUUUUACAUGCUUCUGUUCUGCUUUUCAUUGAAUACUUCUGUACCAAUAAUUGAUACUUCAUUCCCCUGUUUGGCCAAAUUUUUAGUUUAUUCUCUCAGAUUAAGGAGACAUUGUCGCCAUUCCACAGUUUUUUUAAAAUUAAUUUUUUUCUUUUGAGGUAAUAUUUAUUUCAAAUUAUCCCACUCCAUUUCACA